GACGACACGUCUGGUGGGGAGCCGGACGAAAACGGUUAUUCCCGAUUGGAAAAGUUGUCGAAGAAAAGUCGGAAGUGCAUUUCCAAGAGUGAAAAAAGAAGAAAAAAUACAAUACGAAAGAAGUCUUUAUAUUAUCGGACCUUUUUAAAAGGGGCGUAACGGGACGAGUCGGAUUUCUCAAAUUACGUAUCUCGCGCUCGCUCUCGCCUGUGACUAGGCUCCCCAGUCGCCACUCGCCAGUUCCAAUCCCACUUUUGACACGGAAAGAUGUCUGCAACGCGUAGGUUACAAAAGAAAGCGACAAUGGUUAACAGCUGUCUGUCGCCCCCAAAAAAUAUGUUGGCAAAAAAAAAGGAGUUAAAUGACAUACGGUCAUCUGGCCUUAGGUCCUUCAGAGAUAUACAUGUAGAUGAUACCAAUAUUUUAUUAUGGACUGGCUUAAUUGUACCUGAUAACCCACCUUACAAUAAAGGCUCAUUUAGGAUUGAAAUUAAUUUUCCUGCGGAGUAUCCUUUCAAACCACCAAAAAUAUGCUUCAAGACUAAAAUCUACCAUCCUAAUAUAGAUGAAAAGGGCCAAGUAUGCUUACCUAUCAUUAGUGCGGAAAACUGGAAGCCAGCCACAAAAACAGACCAAGUUAUUCAAGCAUUAAUUGCUUUAGUGAAUGAUCCAGAGCCAGAGCAUCCUUUACGAGCAGAUUUAGCAGAAGAAUUUAGCAAGGAUAGGAAGAAGUUCUUUAAAAAUGCUGAAGAUUACACAAAAAAAUAUAGUGAAAGGCGACCGACCGAUUAGAACUAAACCUAGUCAAGCCUAUUGUGAUUAAUUGAUUAAAAUUUUUAAACUUUUGUCACUAAAAUGGAACUUUAAUUGAUUGCUACACACUUGAACACAAUGUGUGUAAAUGUGAGUGGAAACUCAACCACAAGCACAAAACACUGGUAUUGGGAAGAGACAUAAAAAAAAUAAUAAAACAAAAAACUUUAUAUAUGUGUAUAUAUAUAAAAAUGGGGAUCACUAAAGAUACAAUUUGGCUGUCUGCUAAAUAACUCCCAAUAAUACAAUUUAUUUACAUUGGCAAUAUAAAUUUUAUUUGUUGUUAAACAUUAAUUUGGUAUAAUAGAUAUUUAUAUUAAAAUAAAUAAAUCAUUUCAUAAACAAAAUAAUCUUUCAAAAGCAUAUCAUUAGAUUUAAUUUAGUAGUAUGUAAAUGAAUGUACUACAUUUAAUUACAAAGGGUUUUAAAAAAAUGGAAAUACAUAAAAAUAAUGGAAAUAGAUGAAGAUAGUUUCUAAAAAUAUUAAUAUGAAAUAAUAAAUAAUUUCUAGACAGCGUGGAACACCUGCGCUGGGGCUCUGGCACUUACACAUUUUAUGAAAUGAAUUCAAGCCUUCUGGGCAAAGUUGGCAUUUUCACCAAAAAUAUGAUUUUUUUAAAUCUAUACUGUCAGUAGUACUUAAAACAGCAUAAAUUGAAGUUUAGAAAGUGGUAAAUUUCUUUUGAAAUAUGUGUGUAUAAUUAAUAUAGCAUGUGUUACAACACUUAAUGCAAUACACCAAAUGCAAUAAUAUGCUGUGCACACUGCCCAUAGUUCUGUAAAAAAUGCCUUGUAAGAUAAAGAACUUGUGUUGUACAACUUAGAUUAUUUUCCCAAUACCUGAUUUGGGCAACAAAAAUAAAAUAUUAACAUUUUUUCUGUGUAUAUUCAAUUUAUUAUGCCUAAGCUUGGCUUUUAAUCUUCUACAAAACUAUUUUUAUCUGCAAUUUUUUUUUUUAAUAGUCAAUAUAAGGCAUUUAUCAUAUUGGGUGUAAAUUAAUUUGCCAUUCUAUCUAGAAAUCACAUUCAGUUCAGUAUAUUUAGAAUGGAUAAAUAUGGUUGAAUGAUUUGAUUACACUUUUUGCCUGAAAACUGUUCUAUACAUGCUCAAGGCCAAUUUGUAGUGUAAACUGUUUUUAAUUGGAAACUAGUUAUAACACAAGUCAAAUACUUUUUCUACUUUUUAUAACUGAAGAAUUUGAAAUUGAGUUUUGUUUUACAAUAAAAUGUUAUAAUUUGUGAUAUUAUGUAACUAAGUUUUAUAAUUGAUUAGUUGUUUCCUGUUUAAAAGUAAUGCAGAUGUGUAGUCAAAAUAAUAAAAAGAAAUUAAGUAUGUUCCA